AUGUCUCCCGCCGUGAAGGACAACACUGAACCCAACUUGGACAUUAGCUUCCAAGACUACUUGAUCCUCUCGAAGCUCGUCUUCGACUGGGCCGACAGCUACGAUGCCAAGGACUGGGAUCGUCUGCGCAGCAUCAUCGCGCCAACAAUGACAGUCGACUACACCAAAAUCGGUCUCAAGAGAUGGGACGACAUGAAAGCCGACGAGUACAUGGCGAUGGUGACGCACCCGGGGUUCCUGGGCGACCCAACCAUCAAGACGCAGCAUCUGCUGGGCCAGACGUGGUGGGAGAAGAUCUCCGACACCGAGGUGAUCGGGCACCACCAGCUGCGCGCGGCGCACCAGGUGUACACGGAUGAUGGACUGACGGAGGUCAAGCUGCGGGGGCACUCGCAUGCGACGAAUGAGCAUUACUAUCGCAAGGUGGAUGGGGUGUGGAAGUUUGCGGGGCUGAAGCCGAAUGUGCGGUGGAAUGAGCUGCGGUUUGAGGAUGUUUUUAGGGGGUUGGAUUGA